CUUCACAUGCUCAUUUAACGUUGAGUUGAGUUAGCAAAGUAGCGGCUUCAUGGCGCUCAGUGACACUGUCGGUAAAUGAAGCUAUAUUUCAGUGUUCCUGGGUUUUACAAGCGACCCUUCACCACCAGUUUACAAGAGGAACAAUAAAAAAGCCUAAAUAUUUGGGUCGCUUCGGUUGCAGCUAGAUUCCACGUAAGAGCUUCAGUGGAUAGCAAUCAGUAUCUUUGACAGCCAUGGAGUUUUUCCCAGUACUCGACCCUCUUGAUAAACCCAAAGAAGGAAUAUGGUAUUCUUUGAUACCGAGGGGAAGUGCUCCAGGUGUUAGUGUGGGUCACACCUGCACCUUUAUUCCGUCUGCAGAUGGAGGAAAAGGAAGGAUUUUGAUUGUUGGGGGAGCCAACCCCAGCGGCAGUUUCUCACAGUCAAAUACCAUAAAUCUAGAUAAUCAUGAAUGGGACUUCCCAGAGUGGGAGGGUUUGGAGUCACGGUAUGAACACUGCACCUUCGUGCCAGACAGCUGCCCUCAGAGCCUCUGGGUGUUUGGUGGGGCACAGCAGAGCGGCAAUCGCAAUUGUAUCCAGAAUAUACAGUUAACAGACAGUGGGUCUCGCUGGAAGAAUGUAGUGGCGAAUGGCAGUCCCCCCAGUCCCAGGACAUACCACACCAACACGGCUUGUCUAGGGGACAGACUGUAUGUCUUUUCUGGUGGGGAAGCAGGAGCUGCACCCGUCUCAGACCUCACACUUCAUGUCUUUGAUUCAGCGUCAUCCACCUGGUCCCAACCAGAAACACAAGGCAGACACCCGCCAGCCAGACAUGGUCACAUUGUAAUAGCAGUGGGUUCAAAGAUCUACAUACAUGGAGGCAUGGCUGGAGACAAAUUCCACAGCGAUAUGUACACUGUUGACACAAGGAGCAUGAAGUGGGAGAAAGUGCAGGCUAAAGGAGACAUCCCACCAGGAGUAGCAGCCCACUCAGCUGUGGUGCUGGGCAGGAACAUCUACAUUUUUGGGGGGAUGACUACAGAUGGAGCCAGCAACUCCAUGUACAGAUUCAACACUGACAAAAGUAGGUGGGUCCUCAUGACGUUUAAAGGGGACAUGCCACCCAACCGCCUAGACCACUCCAUGUGUUUAUUGCCGUGGAAUGUGUGUGGUGAGGGCAAUGGAGGGGAGGAGGAAGCCAGCAGUCCAGCAGCUUCAGAGACCAUAAAUCUGGCCUUUGUGUUUGGAGGGAUGGACACUCAGGGUGUCAUUUAUAAUGACUGUAUUGUGACUGUGGUGACAUGAUGUGCCUUGAUUUUGUAAUAUUAAAUUUGCCCAAGUUGUAAUAAAAUGUUUUUCCAAGUA